CGGUCCAAGAGGAAGCAGAAGACGAAGACGAGCAGUCCAUAUCAGAAAAGACGGACGGAGAGGAAGACGAGGCAAUGAGCGACGAGGGAAGUGACAGUGAAACUUCCUGCGGAGAUUCUCAUGCUGCUGACGAGGCCGAUGACGAGGAAGAGAGGAGCAGCGACGACACAACGCAAGAUGAGGACAACAAAGAGGCAAAUGAGAAUGGGAGGGGCGCGGAGGAGAGAGAGAUUUCACCAUCCCUGGAAAGAACGCGAUGCACAAGCGAACGUGAACAGUACAAGGAACAGUACAAGGAGAGAGCCGCAUGCGACACGCCCCCGAAUGACAGACAACUAGUGACGAAGGACAACGAAAUUCAAGAAGUUAAGCAAAGUUGGCUAGAGUUGCUCCCCUUGCAGGAAGUCGCAGUCAUUAGGACGGAAUAUGCUAGCAUAUCCAUGAUGAGAGAAAGUUAUAGUGCUUUGUUCACUGAACUGUCGAUUUUCACAGGUUGUGGAUAUGUCCUCCCUUGGCAGCGAGGCGAGGGUAUAUUUGACGCUCAGGCGGGAUUGGAGGUGGAGCAUGUGUGGUCGGGGACGAGGAGUGGGAUGACAGAGGAGGAGAUCGAGGAGCAGGCUGCCCUCAUUACGCGCGAUCCUAUCAGGUCCUCUGGGCCGCCCGCUGUUGAGUCUGUUUUCGGUGCUCGUGUGGCUAUCUUCCGUCCAUACCCUAGGGAGGAUGCCUCUAACGACGGGAGGCAGCCGGAAGCAGCGGACGACCCCACGCUUCCUAUCCCGUGCAAGAUUGACGAGUUGCACGAAGAGGGCAACGAGGAUGACGAGAGGGCACACACCGCGUGGGCGGUGGCAAAGCAGACAAACAUAGAGAUGAUGGGGGGGAAGGAGGAGUUUUGGGGGUCAUUCAGGGACAUGGAGGAGAGAUCACUCAGUACUGCGAGGGAGCAUACUCCUCCUUGCGUGACCUUGUGUGAGGAGACGCCUGCUCCCACGACUGCAAGGGAGGAGCCGCGUCCUACCACGACAGCGCCGGGGCGGACAACUGUUCCCAUAACCGCGCAGGAGCAGGCGCCUGCUCCCACGACCACGUGGGAGCAGACUAGUACUCUCGCGAUGCAAUUCGGACCCUCGUCUCCGUUGCCUCUUCCUCGUGAUUCAAUUGGACCAUCCGCUCAGACGGCUCUCAUUCGGCAUGCUAAGCGCUCAGCUGCACCGGUUGGGAGGGAGGACUUGGGAUCCUCGUUGCACAUGCGCGGGCAUGGAUCGUUGUUUAGUGUAGCCCGUCAUCUCGUUUUGGAGCCGCAUGCAUUGGGGGACUUGGGGAAGGAGGGUGUUCACAACGGGGCACUAAUGGUGGAGGAGAGGGAGAGACGAGCGGAGGAGCACGGAGCGGGUGGAGUUGAGGGUAUUCGGGGUAUGGAGGAGGAGGUAGCUGGAGUCGAGAGUGAGGAGGCCAUGAUGAGGGUGCAUGAUGGUGAGCAGGUUGAGAGAGAGGAAGGCAUGCUGCCGACGCAGGUUGAGAGAGAGGAGGACGUGGUGAGGACGCAGGUUGAGAGAGACGAGGAUGUGGAGAGGGUGGAUGAUAGUGCGCAGGUUCAGAGGGAGGAGGGUGUGGUGGGGGGGCAGGUAGAAAGAGAGGAGGACGUGGUGAGGACGCAGGUUGAGAGAGAGGAGGACAUGGCAGGGGUAGAUGACGAUUUGCAGGUUGAGAUAGAGGAGGACGUCGUGAGGGCAGAUGUUGGUGCGUUGGUUGAGGGAGAGGAGGGCGUGGUAGGGGGGGACGUCGCCCAUGGCAGAGGAGAGGGAAGUGACAACCUUGACCCAAUCGUCCAACAUUUUAUCGCUGACGAGAUGGGUCUCUCACUAGAGGGUUUGACCCCGGGCAUGAUGAUGGCACUGGAGGCAUCGCCAUCAGGAGGGAGGGAGGCUUCAGGGAUGAGGAUGCGGGAUUUCAUGGAGAUGUCUUUGGGGGAUCCUCCCAGCCCUUGUCAUGCAGAGAGAGAGGAUACGACACGUGCCCUAGCGGUUGCUGGCUACUCAUUAGAGGAGAUCGAGCAGGCAUUCACGGGGUGCGAGGAGGUAUGAGAGCAGCCUCAGGAGGAGCGUGAGGAUGCGCUCGCUGCAGAUAUC